AUGCUAUCGACUUCAUUCUCUGGGGUGGGAUGCGCUGAGAGCGCCGCCAUCUCCAUCCAAGCAGCUGCACAGCGAUUUGCGCCUGGCUGUGGGGUGGUGAUCACUUCAGCUUGUGAGAUCGACCCAGCGUGCCAGAAGGUUUUACAGGAAACAUAUGGUGACCAGCAAUGCAUCUUUCCAGACAUCACAAAGAUUGACAUGAGCAAACAGCGCGGAUUUUGCAAGAGGCACAACCGAAUGUGUGAACUCCAGCCUGGUAACUUUGGGGAUAUGCCACAAGAAUUUCAUCGAGGUCCAGUUUGCGUUGACUACUCCCUGAUGGGGAGACAGAUGAAAGAGCGAGGACCUUCUUACCAAUGUCACAAGUCCUACUUCGAAAACAUGAAGAAAAGCAAGAACUCGAUAGUGAUCAUUGAGAACGUUUGCGAGUACUCCGAGGGUCUCAUCCGUCGAGAACUGGGUGCACACUGGGACCUGGUGAGUGUCAGGAUGGACCCAAGAAAUCUUGGCUUGCCCUGCUGCAGGUCAAGGCUUUUCGUUAUUUGCUGGAAGCCAAAGGAAGUUCGGUGGGCGAGCCCAUUUAGAUUGGAAUGCUUUGUCAGCUACCUACUGGCCCAAGUGGCCAUGACUGCCAGCGACUACUUCUACAAAGACCUCCCAAGGGCAAAGCUCACACCCAGUGCAGAAUCAAAUCUCAAUGACUACAAGCGGGACACCAGAUUCCAGUUUCCAGAUCUAAAUCAGCUUUGCGGGAAUAAGCGAGCACGAGGGGAGAGCCGAGACAACUGUCUCCCUACAUUGACAACCAAUUCAGGGAGGAUUUUCAGCCAGGCGCAUGGCCGCUACCUUGAUCCAGAGGAAGCACUUUCUUCACACUGCCUGCCAGUCACGAGGAAGCAGGCACGGGACAGCUCAUCCGUGAUGCUCAGGCUGGGCGAUACAUCUAGGACUGCCCAGACCCGCAUGGCGGGAAACGCCAUGUCAGUGCCAUGCAUUGGUGCUGUAAUCAUGUGCGCGGCGCUCGGGCUGGAGAAGAUUCCCCCAAAAUGA